AUGGCAAAGCAAAAGAAACGCCUCCGUUCUCAAAGCCAGAGGGAAGAAUCUGCACCUUGUUCACCUGUGCAGAGCAACUCUCCCUCUCCGCCUCUUGUUUCAGAGAAUCAGGAAGAAGGACAAGGGGACAGGAACACCGAUACGCUUGUUCCUAUCACUGAAACUCCGAGAAUGGAGAAAAGGUCCCCUGCUACUGAAUUGGAAGGAGAAACAGAGCAUGUUGAUUCGACUGCUCCACAUUCAGCUGCGGACCUGUCAUCCGAGGGUGGAAGUUCGAAUGGGACGACCAAAAAAAGAGAAGGAAGAGGACCAGGAUAG